CUCCAGGGAGCAGGCUGCACUGCCCAGCUGGCCCUCCUUGUGUGUACUGCAGGACAGCCCUGACUGGGGAUCUCCUUGCCAGGACCCCCUCACAUUGCCCUGGACUCCAGCCUCUCUGCAGCCUCCCCCUACACCUCAGGCCUGGCCUCAGGAAGUGCGUUGCUUGGUGGGCUGGGGCAGGCUCAGAGGAAGGAGCCCUUGACUCACAGUUACAGGAAGAGCAGGCGGGCGGGGCUAACCAACUGCCCGCCUGCCUGGAGGGGGUGGGUGCCUGGGUGGGGUUUAGGUUUAGGAGAGGAUGUGACUGCAAGGCCAGGAAGCUACAGAAAAGUCCUGAUUAAAAUACACAAACAAAAGCCAGGUCCUCACCCCGCUUGGUGAUGGGUCCAGAGCAGCCGUGGUGUUUCGGACUGGGCCAGGGGCCCAGCUGAGCAGAGUUUGCUCUCAAGCACAGGUCAAUGACCUCUAUGACCAACGUCCCCUGCAGGAGGACAGAGCCGGAACCAGGUGACUUCGUGCCCUCCCACUGCGGCCUGCAGCUCUGUCCUCUGACCCAUCCUGGCACCCUGACUGACCCACCACAAAGACAGAGAGCUAGUCCUGCCCAGCCCUUGGGGUCCAGUCUUCUUGGCUGAGGAGCUCGUGGAGCCAGAGGUGGCACCGUGCCCAGCUUGCCUGAGGAGGCCCUGGUCAGACCAUGGCAGGUGUCUGCAACAGGCCCCCCGAAUUCCUCUCCCCUUCUGGAAACCAGGUUCUGGGGCCUACCUUGGGCAGUGUGGUCACUCUGAACUGCACGGCCUUGGUGGCUUCUGCACCCUACUGUCCCCUGCCCUCAGUCCAGUGGCUAAAAGAUGGGCUGCCGCUGGGCAAUGGGAGCCAUUAUGAUCUUCAUGAGGACUGGGUCAAAGCCAACUUGUCAGAGGUGCUUGUAUCCAGUGUCCUGGGGAUCAACCUGACCAGUGCUGAGGACUACGGGGCAUUCACCUGCUCUGUACGGAAUGUCAGCUCCUCCUUCACUCUCUGGAGAGCUGGCCCAGCAGGCCAUUUGGUGGCGGUGCUGGCCUCGCUGCUGGUCCUGCUGGUCCUGCUUCUGGCGGCUCUGCUCUAUGUGAAGUGCCGACUCAACGUGCAGCUCUGGUACCAGGACGCGUACGGGGAGGUGGAGAUGAACGACGGGAAGCUCUACGACGCCUACAUCUCCUACAGCGACAGCCCCGAAGAUCGGAAGUUCGUGAACUUCAUCCUGAAGCCGCAGCUGGAGCGCUGUCGGGGCUACAAGCUCUUCCUGGACGACCGCGACCUCCUGCCGCGGGCAGAGCCCUCCGCCGACCUCCUGGUGAACCUGAGCCGCUGCCGCCGCCUCAUCGUGGUGCUGUCAGACGCCUUCCUGGGGCGGCCCUGGUGCAGCCACAGCUUCCGGGAGGGCCUGUGCCGGCUGCUGGAGCUCACGCGCAGACCCAUCUUCAUCACCUUCGAGGGCCAGCGGCGCGACCCGGCGCACCCUGCGCUGCACCUGCUGCGCCAGCACCGCCACCUGGUGACCCUGCUGCGCUGGAGGCCUGGCUCCGUGACGCCUUCCUCCGAUUUUUGGAAAGAGCUACAGUUGGCGCUGCCGCGGAAGGUGCAGUACAGAGCGAUGGAGGGAGACCCCCAGACCCGGCUGCAGGAUGACAAGGACCCCAUGUUGAUUGUGCGAGGCCAAGUCCCGGAGGGUCGGACCCUGGACCCGGAGCUGGACCCGGACCCGGAGGGGGACCUGGGUGUCCGAGGGCCUGUCUUUGGGGAGCCAUCAGCUACACCGCAUGCAACUGGGGUCUCACUGGGAGAGGGCCACGGCAGCGAGCUGGAUGUCUCCGACCUUGGCUCCCGUAACUACAGUGCCCGCACAGACUUCUACUGCCUGGUGUCCGAGGAUGACAUGUAGCCAGCCCCUUGCCUCCGAUGGAGCCGCAGGAUGCCAGGGACAUCUGGGAGUGGGACCUC